UACUCCAGUGUAUGGGACCUUACCAUCCAAGUGACGUCCUAUAUGAUAAAUCCCGACUUGUUACAUCCUGAAGGCAAAGCAGCAGUUUCGGCGACAUUCACAGGAUUACUCUGGAGACGCUUCUCGGACGGCCUGCGUUGACAAGGUGGAGAAAUGUGCACGCACGGAGGACGAGGAGCCUGGAAUUAAGCACAGGAGAGAAAAGAUGCCAAAGAUGAGACAAUAAGAAGAGCUAGUUUUGGGGCCUGUGCAGACUUCCCGCGGCAGCAGUUGGAUGUGCACGUGGACCCGGCCACGAUGACGAUGAAAGGCCUGUCCAGCAGCCGUAGUCACCACCAUGGGGUGACCUGCGACCCCUCUUACGACUCCAUGACCCUGGGGCACUCGGACCGUCGGUCCUACUUCCUCAACCCUGGGGAGGCUCAUUCUGCUGAUCACCCCUGCCUCACCCAGCGCAACUCCUUCCAGUCUGAGUGCAGUACCUACCCUGACCUGGCAAGCUGCACCUUCCCUCGCAGACAUUACAGCUCUCACCACGAGCUGAAGGAGGAGUGUGGCGCUGUGGUGCCUUAUACAGGGCCACCAGGGAGCAGUAAGGGAAGUGGAGGAGGUGGUGGAAACAACAACAACCGCAUCCCCUCUAAUCUCUUAGAGCAGUUUGAACGGCAGGCACCAGUGCGGCGUGAGGGCUACCACACACUGCAGUACAAGCGCACUGCAGUGGAACACCAACGCAGUGACAGUCCUGGUCGAAUCCGCCACCUUGUUCACUCUGUCCAGAAGCUUUUCACCAAGUCCCACUCCCUGGAGGGGCCCUCAGGGGCUGGUGGAGGAGGGAGCGGGAGGAUGAACGGCAGCAAAUCCAGUCCUGAUGACCCACCCUCCUCCUCUGGCACCCUGAAGCACAGUAAGCGCAGUAAGAGCAAAGACCGUUCCAAGUCGGAGCCUAAGAUGCGCACUGCCAUCUCAGGCUACUGGAGCUCAGAUGACACGCUCGACAGGGAGGUGUGCCUCUACCACCAUCACCACGGGGGCAGCAGUGGAGGCCUGCCUUCGGGGGUCAUGACAAUGGGGCGCCACCCGGAUAAAUCUCAGUCGCAGUACUUCAUGGAGUCUUACAACACCAUCAGCGCCCACUCUCUCAAGACAUCACGCAGCAACAACGAUGUGAAGUGCUCGACUUGCUCCGGGAGCAGCAGCGGAGCCAUGCCGCUGGUGAGCGCCCUGGAUAGCCAAGUGCAGCUGAAGAAGAGCUCGUGGUCAUCUACUCUGACGGUGAGCAGAGCAAGAGAGGUCUACCAGAAGGCCUCAGUCAACCUAGAUAAAGCUCUAGUGAAAGCCGAGCAGGGACGCACCUGCCACUUCCUACAGGUGCCUCAGGAUGACUGGAGCGGUUUCUCUCCGCUGGGGAAAGAUGAUGAGAUCCCGUGCCGGCGGAUGCGCAGUGGCAGCUACAUCAAGGCCAUGGCAGAGGAAGACAGCGGCGACUCGGACUGCAGCCCGAAACCUUCACCCAAAGUUCAGGCGCGGCGAGCCAGCUACCUGAAGGCCACACAGCCGUCCCUCACAGAGAUGACCACACUCAAGAUCUCCACAGAGCAUUCGCCCAAGCUGCAGAUCCGGAGUCACAGCUACCUGCGGGCGGUGAGUGAGGUUUCCAUCAAUAGGAGUCUGGACAGCUUGGACCCGGCAGGGCUGCUGGCCUCGCCUAAAUUCCGCUCGCGAAACGAGAGCUACAUGAGAGCCAUGAGCACCAUCAGCCAGGUGAGCGAGGUGGAGGUGAACGGGCAGAUCGAGGCAGUGUGUGAGUCAGUGUUCAGUGAGAUGGAGUCGCAGGCGGUGGAUGCACUGGACCUGCCCAUGCCUGGCUGCUUCCGCAUGCGGAGCCACAGCUACGUGCGUGCCAUAGAGAAAGGCUGCUCGCAGGAAGAGGAGGAGGGAGGCGUCACAGUGGCCAUCAGGAGGACCAACUCACCCCCGCGCACCACCACCACUGUUAGAACCAUCCAGAGCAGCACAGUGUCAUCAUGCAUCACCACCUACAAGAAGACACCACCCCCAGUCCCACCACGGACCACCCCGUCCAAACCUUUCAUAUCCAUCACGGCACAGAGCAGCACCGAGUCAGCUCAGGAUGCCUACAUGGAUGGGGGCUCCGGCCCCCGGACGGGCAUCAGCUCCCAGCCGGGCCUGUCCAAUUCCACGGAGAGCAUCGACAGCAUGAAGGCCCUGACAGCAGCCAUCGAGGCGGCUAACGCUCAGGUGCACGGCCCCGCCAGCCAGCACGUCACCAACAGCACCAUCACCAUCACUGCCACCGCCACCACCUCUGCCGUAGCGCAUGUCUCCACAGACAGCAAAGCGCAGAGGGAAGCGCUCCGCAAGUGCCUCUCCAUAGGGAUCCAGGUGGACCCAGAGGAAGGAGGGCCAACGGAGGAGCAGUCUAAAUUCCAGUCGAUAGGAAUUCAGGUGGAGGAUGAGCGAUGUUACCGCAGGAUGACCCGCUCCAAUAGCGUAACCACAGCGGUGCAGGCCGACCUUGACGACCCCACAGACGCCCCAGAGCUGCCACCGCGUCACUGUGCCACCAUGCCGCGCCAGCACUCCCGGGACGCCGCCUCUUCUACCGUCAGCAUCCAGGGCUCUGGUAACCACUACCACGCCUGUGCCGCUGACGACUACGGGGAGGUGGGGUUCGACCCUUCGAUCCUGCCCCCUCCAGACCCAUGGAUGGACAGCGUGGCUGAACCAGAGGGGGAGGCUCUGGAGGCUGUGGGACGAUCGGUGUGCCCCCGUGACGGCCGCUGGUUCCUCAAGUUGCUGCAGGCCGAGACGGAGCGUAUGGAAGGAUGGUGUCGACAGAUGGAGCAGGAUGAGGUGGAGAAUGAGCUGCCUGAUGAGAUCCUGGGGAAAAUACGCAGUGCAGUGGGGAGUGCCCAGCUGCUGAUGUCCCAGAAGUUCCAGCAGUUCCGGGAGCUGUGUGAGGAGAAUCUGAACCCAAAUGCACACCCAAGGCCCAUCUCCCAGGACCUGGCAGGUUUCUGGGACAUGCUCCAGCUGUCUAUCGAGAACAUUAGCCUGAAGUUUGAUGAACUCCACCAACUCAAAGCCAACAACUGGAAACCUCUGACCCCACCAGAAAUUCAGGAGAGAAGGAUGCCCCCUCCCGUGCCAAAGAAGCCCCUGAAGGGCCACCACCCUCCCCUGGCUAGGGACCGCUCGCUGGAGAGCUCUGAGCGCCAGCGUCUGGAGGCUCGCAAGCGCCUGCUAGCUGCCAAACGUGCCGCGUCGGUUCGGCAGAGCUCUGCCACCGAGAGCGCAGACAGUAUCGAGAUCUAUAUCCCAGAGGCUCAGACCAGACUAUGAGACAAAUGCAUGUACCCACACACAUGCCCAAUACACUGUCCCAUACACACUAUAGCACUGAAUGGUAAGGCUAGGGUGCUAACAUGACAUAAUCACAUUUUUUGCAGACUUCCCAGAUCACUGUGGGGUUAGUCACAAUGACAGAAGAACAAGAAAUGUACAUUUUCAGUAUUUAUUUAUUUAUUUAUCUAUCACCCUCCCCCUCCCUUAUUUCCUUCUCCCAGCUUUGAUGUAGCAGUCCCUCCUCCUGUACCUCCACCCGCCCCUCAAUGUCAAACAAGUAUCUUAUGAAUCCCUUUUUUUAAAGUGGCCUAAUAGUACAAAGUUAGCCAGGUGUAGCACAGCAGUGAUGCUUCACUUUAUUAUGUUUCAAGUGCUGAGAAUCGGAGGCAAACAGGGAGGGAGCGUGCAUAUAUUUGAUCUGAUCUGCUCAGAUCAAGUGUAUCAAAUCAAACAGAGAGACCAGACCUAAUGACUUGUGUUUUAUUUUUGUAUUCGUAUAAAAUCCCAUGAUCUGAUUCUAAAAAUAACAUAAGCUGGAAAGUUUUUGAUUUGUUUAAUGAGGUCACACAUUAGAAAAUAAUGGUGAAAAGACCAGACAAGGAAACUCUAGUGUCAGUUAGCGACACAAUUCGCCCUCUGUUUGGAAAUAGGUCUUUCCAGCAGCAAGAGGCCGACCGUCGCAGGAAAGGUCAAGAGGUCAGAUUUAGCUCCUCCAGUCGAGGCAAAGUGGCUGUUGAGCCAGGAGCAGGUUUUGUGGUUCAGCAAAGAGUGCGAUUCACUGAGAAAACUCACUGUUCAGAAAUGCCACAAACCUAAUCUGUGUGUGUAAGUGAGAGAAAGAGCGUGUGUGUGUGUGUGUGUGUGUGUGUGUGUGUUUGUAUUCAGAUGUUCAUUUCAAAAGUGCUUCCUAUUUUUCUAGGUCUAAAGGGUCCUAGCUGUAAUUGAAGAUUAAGGUAGCAGUAUCAACAAACUGUAAACAAACCACCCGUCUUGACUCAUUUUGAACUGAGCAAAACACGUUUGUAUAAAGAACAUACAGUGUAACGACAUGACGUGCAUGCUGACACAAGGUUACUGAUAUUUUUUGUCUUUUUUAAACAGGUUAAAUCCUUUCUCAUGUUGCGUUCAAACUCUUCGGUGUUACAGGCAAUGCUAAAAUACUGAUAUUUGGUACAAUACUGGUAGUUGUACUAUAUUUUAUUAUGUCAUUUUUAGACAAGAGAGGUUUAUUGACAGUAUUGAGACUAAAGGACUGAAAAGGGACUAUUUUCUCCUCACUGUGUGUGCACUAUCUCUGCCUCCAAAUGAAGCAAUUAUUUGAAGGUCAUACAAAAAAAAAUCCAAUUUGUAAUAUUUUGUAUUCAUGUUUAAUUUAUUGAUUAGGAGAACAAUGACUGUUUAUCGACAUUGUGAUUAUUAUUAUGCACUGACAACAAGGCCCUUAUACUGUGUUUAUGUUUUGUUUCUGUUGGUUCUUUAGCAUGACAGGCACCUUUUUUUCGUCUCUUCUGUUUCAGUGAUCAGCCUUAAUUUCUAAUAUGAUAGUUGAGCACAACAGCAGUCUCAGGGGAAGAAGUGUGCGUGCGUGCAUGUGUGUGAGAGAGUGCGUGGCUGACUUCAUGUGACUUUAUGUGACCCAUGGCUUUGUCACUUACUGUACAUAACCCCCAGUCACUGGGAUAGGCCAUGAUCUCGAACAAGGGAGAAGUAUCCAUGCCAUUUUUUUUAAAAAGAUGUUCCUGUCGAACGUCUCAGCCCUAAUUACUUCAAUGUAACAAGGUAUUUCUGUCAGCUGCUUGAAUGUGGAGACAAUCCUGAGCCAGUUUACCGUCACAUAAUUGUUUUGAUGAGAGAAUAGCAGUUCUCUUUAUUGAUCUGACAACGUUUUGUGCCAUUGGAUAACUAUAGGUAAGGAUAUAUUCCUGCUAUUUGUCCCUAUUGAACGGAAGUUUUCGUUGAGAGGUGUUUGUGAAGGAACUCAAGUGAUGAAGUAACCGUACAGUAUGAUUUGUAUUUCCUUUAGUCGGUCGAUAUGAAGUUUAGAGAGGAUGCUUAAAAGUAACAAUAGUUCAAACUUAACGCCAUUUUCUGUAGAUGAAGCUCAUUUUAGUAUUUUUUACUUUGGAACUUGUAUUUGAAUUGAAUUGUCUGUCAAAUGAUUGACUUCUUAUUUAUGUUUAUUAUAUUAACAUAUCAAUAUAACACUCCUGGUAUAGCAGGGAGUUAGAAACCAGAAUGUUGGAUUGUGGUUAGUCGCUAAACUCAAAAGACACUCCAGCAAUCCUGGCAAUUCUGAAGCUUGUGAUGUAGUUAUAUUAAGAGAUAAACAUUUGUACAUAAAUGAAUGUUUCCCUAUGUAAAUGUAAACUAAAAAACCCAAUCAAAUAACAUAUUACGCAGAUAUACAUUUUGUAAUUAAUGUUAUUACACUGUUGAUGUUAUGGCACGUGUAUGAGCGCUUAUCAGCAUUAAAAAAAAAAUAUAUCA